UAAAAAGUCGCUGACGCUGAACACCCGAGUCCAUAUCCUCAUUCUCCUUCCUUUUAAUUCACAUUAUUAUCCCUUGAUUUGUCUGCUUGGAUAACCCUCCAGUCUCCUAGACUGGUCAAUUCCUAUGCUUACAGCCAGGGAUUGAUUCCGCCUCAUCCUUACACAAUUGAGCCAUGCGAGCUCGGGCAAUUGCAGCUUCGGGGCUGAUACUGUGCUCACGAACCGCAUCUUCGUCCUCCUCUAGCUCUUCGAUAUGCUGGAAAUGCCUCCAUGAUGACUUUUGCGCGACCCGGAUUCAUCUCCAAUCCCGAAACUACCAUCCUACGAGGCGGAAAAAUGGGUCACCGUUCAGCGCAGCCGUCUCCGCUGCUCAGGCGAUUUUCACCAAAGGCCUGCCAAAGGCCCCUCCGGGUAUUUCAGUAGACCCGUUGCGGAUUGUUGGGAAGGAGCUCAAGUUUUUGACGAAGAACAUUCGCCAAUUGUUGGGAUCGGGACACCCUAUGCUGGAUAAGGUCGCCAAGUAUUAUACCAAAAGUGAAGGCAAACACAUGCGGCCUCUCCUGGUGCUACUCAUGUCCCAGGCUACAGCGCUGGCACCGAGGAUGAGUCGCUCAAUGCCUGCCGGUGUGGGAAUAGUUGACCAACCCAUUAGCUCUCCGUCCGUGCUUGCGGACGUGAAUCCCGACAUCAAUCCUCUUGUUGCUUCUUCUGCGGAGGGCAAAUACGACUUCACGGGCGACGACAAUAUCCUUCCUUCGCAAAGACGGCUCGCGGAGAUUACCGAAUUGAUUCAUACUGCGUCGCUUUUGCAUGAUGAUGUUAUCGAUAACGCUGUCAGCCGUCGAUCUGCCAACUCCGCGAAUGUCCAGUUUGGGAACAAGAUGGCCGUCUUGGCCGGGGACUUCUUACUGGGUCGGGCUUCCGUUGCUCUUGCACGUUUGAGAGAUCCCGAAGUGACCGAGCUUUUGGCAACAGUGAUUGCGAACCUUGUGGAGGGUGAGUUCAUGCAAUUGAAGAACACUGCCCAGGACGAGGCCAACCCUGCGUUUACCGAAAACACUAUCUCCUACUACUUGGACAAAACCUACCUCAAAACUGCUAGCUUGAUCAGCAAAUCAUGCCGCGCGGCCGCAUUGCUCGGGGGUAGUGUUCCCGAAGUUGUUGAAGCGGCAUACUCCUACGGACGCAAUUUGGGCCUGGCAUUCCAGCUCGUGGACGACAUGUUGGAUUAUACUGUCAGCGGUGCAGAGCUGGGCAAGCCUGCUGGUGCCGACCUGGAACUGGGUCUUGCGACAGCUCCGCUCUUGUUCGCCUGGAAGAAAAACCCGGAGUUGGGACCUCUUGUUGGGCGAAAGUUCAGCAAGGAGGGGGAUGUAGAAAAGGUCAGUACUGUCUCAUUUAGAAAGCCCAAAUAACAGCGGGCAAUAAAUAAUUCUGAUGGAUUGUAAUCACAACUACAGGCCCGCGAAAUCGUCCGUCAAAGCGACGGUGUGGAACAAACCCGUGCCCUCGCCCAGGACUUCGCCGACAAGGCUGUAGCGGCAAUCAGCGAUUUUCCCGCUAGCGAAGCCAAGGACGGCUUAAUCGAGAUGUGCGAGAAGACCAUGAAGCGGAGAAGAUAGGGGGAUAUCAAAAGAGAACAUGCUAUUAAGGAUUAAGUUGGGAUGUUGUGGGGUCGGCAGUGCUGUUUUUACGUCGUCAUCUAUUCAUUUUCCUUUCUCUUCUCUUCUUUUCUCUUUUCUCCAUAAGUAGACCGAGGGACGCCGCAUUCCCGUGGCAUGAGAAAAGCACACCCUUCUUCAGCGACAGCGACGAUGAUGUAAUACGAAUACGAUAGUUACACG